AUGUCUUCUCCUCAGCGCUCCCAUCAUCAAGGAAGAUUCACAUCUUCUGGUGUGGUUGCUGCUGGCUCGAUGGAACAGUAUACUGGUUCCUCAAUCUCAUCAACUACUUCUAAAAAUCAUCAUGGAGGAAGAAGGAAAAAUAGUAAGGGUUAUACUCCUUCAGGCAAGAUUCAAGAAGGAGAAGAACGAGUUAUUUUCCAUGAUGAAUUAUACAACAAUCAUGAUAACCAUGGUGGUAGUAAGAAUUUUCGUGAAUACAUUCCAUCGGAAGAGAUUAUUUUAAGUACAAGCAGAUCCGAUGAUGAUGAAGAGGAGGAUGAAGAUGAACAACUACACGAGAAUAACCAUCAUCACCAGCAUGGAGAAAAUCCAACCAACCACUACUCCUCAUCUCCAUUAAAAAGUACAUUGGAAGCCACGAAUGGUAUUCCGAUCAUGGCUUCAUCCGCUUCAACACACCAUCAUCAAUCGAGAAGAGGGUUUACAAGCUCCUCCUAUGAAAAGAAGAAACGAAACAAGGCUUUUCAACAACACGUAGUCAUGUCAGGAUACGGCAGUAGUAGCAGCGGUGGUGCCUUUUCUUCAUCGACUGGUUCUCCUCCAACUUCUUCCAAUGACUCUCCGCAUGAAGAAGAAGAAUAUUUCCGAAGCAAUGAUGUUUAUGAUUAUAGAGGACAUGCCUUCAAGUUGACUGGUGCAACCGGUAUUGCUGCUGGAAAUGUUAGUGUUGGAAACAAUACGAAUCGGAAUAGAGCAUCAUCGUCAGGAUCUCAUCAUUCAGCUUCCAAUAAUCAUAAUAAUGGACAUAAUAGACAUCAUCGCCACAAACAUCAUCACCACCAUCACUACAAUGAUUAUUAUGCAAGACCGAAAACGAAAGAGGAAUAUGUUUUAGCAAAUUUUCACUUUGUGUUGAGACCUCUAGCAGAGCCUACCAAAGAUGUAAACGACACAACAAAUCAAUUCUAUGCCAAUGAGUACAAUCAAGGAAGAGUUGAUGCCGAUACGUUGGUAGACUGGGACACCAUUGAGUUGGUCAUUAAGCAAACUCAUGAUCCAAAUCAAGAACAGUGUCCAAUUUGUCUUGAGGUGUUGAAGGCACCAAAAAUUACCAAGUGUGGCCACGUGUUUUGUUAUGCUUGCAUUUUGCGUUAUGUAGCAAUGGGAGAAAAAACCUAUAGAAAAUGUCCAUUAUGUAAUGAGAGUGUGUACAUUGAUGCAUUGAGAAGUGUGCAAAUAGAUGUCAAGCCAAAAUAUAAGGAGCAUGAUAAGAUGAAUUUUGUGUUGCUAAAACGAGACAAGAAGGUUAUUAUACCGGACUUGCUCGAUGAUCUCGAUACAUGUCUCGGAGGCAUUCAGUCACACUCCCUACCAACAGUAUAUCCAGUGUAUGGUGACCAUAAUUCUUCAAAAUUUUGUAGAUUUAACGUCACGUAUGACAUUUCUAGCAUUAUUAAGAAGGAAUUAUCAGACUUGGACUCAUCGUUAAAAGAAGCAGAAUCAGGCGAUGAAACACAAUUUAUCAAAUUAGCUAAAGAACAAGUUUUACAAAGACAAAAAUCUUUCCAAGACUGGAUCACAAAGAAUGUCCCUAAAGGCAGGCCAAAAGGCUCUAGCCACAGCCCUCGAAAAGCUUCGAAACAAGCAGCAUCCUCGAGUAUUAUUACUCACACAACAAUUGAUGAGAACAAGAAAAAAUCAGAACUGGAUCCUGAUAAUUAUUGGUAUUAUCAAUCAGAAGAUAAUCAAAUGAUGUUUCUUCAUCCGCUCUGUACAAAAAUUUUACUUCAUGAAUACGACGGAGAUUUCACAAAAUUCCCUCACAGACUUUCUGAUUGUGAAAUUAUUGAACUUGAGACUGUGGAGCUUGAUGAAGAGUUUAGAAAGAGAUAUCCCAUUUUAAAGCACGUACCUUGUGGUUGUUACAUUUCAUUAGUGGAGGUUGAUAUGAAAAAUUUCGCAUCCCAUGAUACCAUUGCGAACUUUUAUAAAGAUUUGAAGCAUCGUAAAAACAGAAGAGAAGAUAAAAUACGUAAACAGAUUGAGGAGGAAGAAGAGGAGAAAAGAAGAGAAGAAUCAAGAAAGGAAGAGGAGAGACUUGCCAGAGAAAAGUUACUUCAAGAAUUACACAUUAGUAAUUUUCCAGAGUUGACUUCUGACAUGACUCCUCCACCUGUAAAUGACAUUCAUUUUCCUUCUCCUUCUGCAGCUUCUGCUAUUUUAGCGAAUGACAAGUCACAGAAAAGAAAGCCAGUCAAGUUGAAUGACUGGACAAAACGACAACAACAGCAAAAUCUUAAAGCUUCAACAUCUUCACAAGAAAAUGCUACAGCUCGAUUACAGGGAGAUUGGGCUGCCAAAUCAAAACCAUCAACAAGCAACGCCUCUCACUCUUCCUCGAGUAGUAAAAAGGAUAAAGAAUUUCCCAGUCUUGGAUCAGGAAAAAAGAAGAAAUAG